AUGCGCCGCGCAGCCGCAAACUCGGUUUGCUUACGCUGUGUGCACACAAUCAGGAGCCGCCCGUUACUACAGCCUUCAGUGAUACCCUCAGUGAUACCCUCAGUGCAGGCGUCGGUGCAACCAUGCCUCGGCCAGCGCUUCUUCUCCCAGCGAGCCAAGGACAAGCCCUCGCGCAUGGUCCUUGCCGACCAAGUUCACCGAGCACCACGCCUAUCCCGAGAUGAACGCAGACCACAACGAGAGAGAGUUGCAGGCCCAUUCGCUGGAAUGAACAGGAGGGUAGCCAAUUUUGACCCAACCCGCGCGUCGACAAGAGCUCGUUCCGGCGAUCGCAAAUCGACUCAAGAGGAGGGCAGCAGAAGGCGGCCGCAGGAUGAUAGAAAGGCACUCAAGAUGCAGCGCGCCUUGGCCUCGGUGUCGUACAACAAGCGCACGUCGUUAAAGGAGAAGAUGCAGAGCUACGAGUCGUUUGAUCAGUUUGAUCUCCUCCCAGCUCUGAAAACGGCCGUUGUCGACGAGGUAUUCGCAGGAUUGGUGGAUAUUCGCCCAACGCCGGUACAGCGAUUGGCAAUUCCCGCCCUGCUAGGACAAAGGGAGCCAGGAGAGAAAAGGACGGGAUCGGGUAAAACUCUCGCCUAUCUACUGCCUGCCAUUGAUGCGUUGAAGGCGGCCGAAGCACAGGAUACGGAGAUUCAAGCCUACAAAGAGCGAGCAGAAGUAGAGAGGGAGCGCCAAAAGGCUGCGGAUUUCAAAGGAAAGCCUUUCGAGGAGCCUCACCCCACCAUGGCCAGGCCCAAGGUUAUUGUCUUGGUUCCUACGGCGGAGCUGGCUCAUCAGGUUGGGCUCGUGGCCAAGAAGCUGUCGCAUGUGACGAAAUUCAAGACGGAGAUACUGUCAUCCAAUCUCAAACCUCAGCAGAUUCAGCGAAACCUGUACGGACCAAAAGGCGUCGAUCUCGUCAUCUCAACACCUCACCUGCUGGCCUCGAUUGCAGAUUCUGAUCCCAACAUCCUCUCCCGAGUGUCCCAUCUGAUCAUUGACGAAGCGGAUUCGCUGUUCGAUCGAAGUUUCUCUUCUGUCACAUCUAGUAUCGUCGAGCGUUCAUCGCCCUCAAUGAAGCAGCUCAUCUGCUGCUCAGCAACAAUUCCGAGAAAAUUGAACAAUUAUCUGGCUACCAACUAUCCCAAGAUGAUCAGAAUCACUACACCAAACCUUCACGCUAUUCCCCGACGUGUUCAACUUGGUGUCAUUGACGUCUCGAAGGAUCCCUACCGCAAUAACAAAGACCUUGCUUGUGCCGACGUCAUCUACACAAUCGGAAGAGAGGCUUCUCAAGUCAUGGUCUUUGUCAACGAGCGAGAAAAGACAGAGCAGGUUGCAGAGUAUCUUCGUUCAAAGGGCAUUGACGCGCAGGCACUGCACAGGGACACUCCCGAGAAGCGCCACGGCGAAAUUCUGGAGACUUUCACAACAGCUGAACCGCUGCGAAUCAUUGCAUCGCCGAACCCAUCCCGCCACCGGUCCCUGACCAACGUCAAGGCACUGGUAGUGACUGACUUGGCGUCUCGAGGCAUUGAUACUCUAGCUGUUCGACACGUUAUCCUGUAUGAUGUACCUCACACCACCAUUGAUUUUAUUCACCGCCUAGGCCGUGCCGGAAGAAUGGGGCGACGAGGAAGAGGCAUUGUCCUUGUGGGUAAUGACGACAGAAGAGAUGUCGUUGCCGAUGUGAAGAAGAGCAUGUUUAUGGGCCAGGCGCUCAUUUAG